AUGCAGAAGGUGACCGCUUUUCUUGACAACGGAGGCGUGCUGCGGCAGUGCCCUGACAAUGCCACCGUUACUCUUGUUGAUGCUCUCACUCGUAACGGUAGCCCGGUAGUAGUGGUGCAGACUGACGAUGGGAUUGCGUCCCAGGUGCCACUUCAGAACUGCACACACGCUACUGUGGCUGGUGCUGCGCUCUACCUUUUCGACAAGGACGUCACGCUCUUAGUAUUACUUUUCCAGUCCCAAGCACAGGCCGCCAAGUUUACUGAGACCGUGGCCAAGCAUGUCAAACUUCUGGGGGCAGGGGGGCUCAACAUCGAGGAGGCCCUACACGGAAAGAAGGCCGACUCUGACCUCGACUGCGACCAGGAGACACAAAUACUGGGGAUACUAAGGGACCCUUCAUUUCCGGAAUACGUGGACGCUGUUGAGAAGAUUUUGUGCCGUAUGAUUGUGACCAAGUGA